UGAAAAUGGAGCUGCCUUGGAAUUUAGCCUGCAUUGUCCUCCUAAGUUUUUCGUGCUGGGGGUUAGACUGGGAAUCUGAUAGAAAUUUCAUGUCAGCCGCUGGUCCUCUUACCCAUGACUUGCUGCACAACCUGAGUAGUCCACUAGGAAACCAGGGUUCUAACUUUGUGGCAGGGGACAAAGACAUGUAUGUUUGUCUCCAGCCACUGCCCACUUUCCUGCUGGAGUACUUCAGAAGUGUUCAUGCCAGAAAGGUCACCCAUUAUAAAGUAUUCCUGCCAUGGGCACAACUUCUCCCCACUGGAAGCUCCAAGAAGCCAGAUGAAAAAACAGUGCAGUGUUACCGGCGACUCCUUGAGGCCAUCAGGACUGCGCAGCUUCAGCCCCUGGUCGUCCUGCACCACCAGACCCUCCCCACCAGUGCCAUCCGGGGACGUGAAGUCUUUGCUGACCUUUUUGCUGACUAUGCUGCAUUUGCCUUCCAGUCCUUUGGGGACCUCGUUGAGAUCUGGUUCACUUUUAGUGACUUGGAGGAGGUGAUAACGGAACUUCCCCACCAGGAAUCAAGAUCUUCACAUCUCCAGACCCUCACUGAUGCCCACAGAAAAGUCUAUGAGAUUUACCACAAAAAAUACACUUCUCAAGGUGGAAAGCUCUCUGUGGUCCUGUGCGUGGAAGUCCUCCCAGAUCUCUUGCUAGAACCAUCCACAUCUUUGCUUGCCAAGGACGCAGUUGAUUUCCUCUCUCUUGAUUUGUAUUACGAAUGCCAAAAGGAGGCAAGUUUGCUGCAGGAGCUGAGUAAAUUGCAGACUAUUGAGCCAAAAGUGAAAGUUUUCAUCUUCAGUCUAAAACUCCAGGACUGUCCCUUCACCAGGAAGAACCCAGCUGGGCUGCUCUUCAGCCUUUUGGAAGCCAUAAAUAAAAACCAAGUGCUCACCAUUGGGCUUGAUAUUAAUAUAUUCCUGAGCUGUUCAUCAAGUUCCAAGGAAAGCAGGUCUUGUUCUCUGACUGAUGCCCUGACCCUUCCAGCCACCCGGGAGCAGGACCUCAAGACCGCAGUAGGCUUCUCGCCCCCGAGCUCAGCCUUUUGGAGAGUCUGGGAAACAUUUGCUAACCAGUCCAGGGCAGAAAGGGAUGCUUUCCUGCAGGACGCUUUUCCCGAAGGCUUCCUCUGGGGCGUCUCCACAGGAGCCUUUAAUGUGGAAGGAGGAUGGGCUGAGGAUGGAAGAGGAGCAAGUGUCUGGGACCGAUUCAUGGCCCAGAAGGCCAACAAGGGCCAAGCGACGCCAGAGGUGGCCAGUGACAGUUACCACAAGGUGGACUCUGACGUUGCCCUGCUUCGCGGCCUCCGGGCUCAGGUCUACAAGUUCUCCAUCUCCUGGUCCCGCAUCUUCCCUUCUGGGCAUGGGCCCAGCCCCAGCCCCCAGGGUGUCGCCUACUACAACAAGCUGAUUGACAGCCUGCUGGACUCGCACAUCAAGCCCAUGGCCACGCUGUUCCACUGGGACCUGCCUCAGGCCCUGCAGGAUCACGGUGGGUGGCAGAAUGAAAGCGUGGUGGAUGCCUUCCUGGACUAUGCAGCCUUCUGCUUCUCCACCUUUGGGGAUCGUGUGAAGCUGUGGGUGACCUUCCAUGAGCCGUGGGUGAUGAGCUACGCGGGCUACGGCACCGGCCAGCAUGCACCGGGCAUCUCUGACCCAGGGGUGGCCUCUUUUAAGGUGGCUCACUUGGUCCUCAAGGCUCACGCUAAAGCUUGGCACCACUACAACAGCCACCAUCGCUCACAGCAGCAGGGGUGUGUGGGCAUUGUGCUGAACUCAGACUGGGCCGAACCCCUGUCCCCAGACAGCCUGGAGGACUUGAGAGCUUCUGAACGCUUCUUGCACUUCAUGCUGGGUUGGUUUGCACAUCCUAUUUUUGUGAAUGGAGACUACCCAGCUGCCCUGAAGGCCCAGAUCCAACAGAUAAACAAGCAGUGCCCCAGGCCUGUGGCCCAGCUCCCUGAGUUCACCGAGGCAGAGAAGCAGCUCCUGAAAGGCUCCGCUGAUUUUCUGGGUCUGUCCCAUUACACGUCCCACCUCGUCAGCAAGGCCCAACAAGAUACCUGCAUCCCCAGCUAUGACACCAUCGGAGGCUUCUCACAGCAUGUGGACCCUGCAUGGCCCCAGACCUCAUCCCCUUGGAUUCACGUGGUGCCCUGGGGUAUAAGGAGGCUGUUGCGGUUUGUAUCCUUGGAAUACACAAGAGGAAAAGUUCCAAUCUACCUGGCUGGGAAUGGCAUGCCCAUAAGGGAAAGUGAAAAUCAACUUGAUGAUUUCUUGAGAGUAGACUACUUCAAUCAAUAUAUCAAUGAGGUGCUCAAGGCUGUCAAGCAGGACUCAGUGGAUGUUCGCUCUUACGUCGCUCGUUCCCUCCUCGAUGGCUUUGAAGGGCCCUCUGGUUACAGCCAGAGGUUUGGGCUGUACCAUGUCAACUUCAAUGACAGCAGCAAGCCAAGGACUCCCAGGAGAUCUGCCUAUUUUUUCACCAGCAUCAUUGAAAAGAACGGUUUCCUCACCAAGGUAGUAAAAAGACUGCCACCCCCCAGUACAGCGAACCUCCCUGCUAAAAUCAGAGCCCUCAAUUUUCCAUCUGAGGUGCCUUCCAAGUCUAAAGUAAUUUGGGAAAAGUUCUCCAACGAACCCAAGUUUGAAAGAGAUUUGUUCUACCAUGGCACGUUCCAGGAUGACUUUCUGUGGGGCGUGUCUUCAUCAGCCUAUCAGAUUGAAGGAGCUUGGGACGCUGACGGCAAAGGCCCCAGCAUCUGGGAUAACUUUACCCACACACCAGGAAACAAUGUGAAAGACAAUGCCAAUGGAGACAUAGCCUGUGACAGCUAUAACCAAUUGGAUGCCGAUCUGAAUAUGCUUCGAGCUUUGAAGGUGAAGGCCUAUCGCUUCUCUAUCUCCUGGUCUCGGAUUUUCCCAACCGGGAGAAAGAGUUCUCUCAACAAAUAUGGUGUAAAUUAUUACAACAGACUGAUUGAUGGCUUGGUGGCAAGCAACAUCUCUCCCAUGGUGACACUGUUUCACUGGGACCUGCCCCAGGCCCUCCAGGAUAUUGGAGGCUGGGAGAAUCCUUCCUUGAUUGAGUUGUUUAACAGCUAUGCAGACUUUUGUUUCCAGACCUUUGGUGACAGAGUCAAGUUCUGGAUGACCUUUAAUGAGCCCACAUACCAGGCAUGGUUGGGUUACGGCUCAGGAGACUUUCCCCCGAAUGUGAAGGAUCCAGGCUGGGCACCUUACAGGGUUGGCCAUGCACUCAUCAAAGCCCAUGCCAGAGCCUAUCACACUUACGAUGAGAAAUACAGGCAGGAGCAAAAGGGGGUCAUCUCUUUGAGCCUCAGUGCACACUGGGCAGAGCCCAAGUCACCAGAGGUCCCAAGGGAUGUGGAGGCAGCUGACCGAAUGCUGCAGUUCUCACUGGGAUGGUUUGCCCACCCCAUUUUCCGAAACGGAGACUAUCCUGAUGCCAUGAAGUGGAAAGUGGGGAACAGGAGUGAACUACAGCACUUAGCCACAUCCCGCCUGCCAAGUUUCACUGAGGAGGAGAAGAGGUACAUCAGGGCGACGGCCGACGUGUUCUGCCUCAACACCUACUCCUCCAGAAUCGUGCGGCAUACAACACCCAGGUUAAACCCACCCUCCUACGAAGAUGACCAGGAGACGAUUGAGGAGGAGGACCCUUCAUGGCCUUCCACAGCAAUGAACAGAGCGGCAGCCUGGGGGAUGCGAAGACUGCUCAACUGGAUCAAGGAAGAGUAUGGUGACAUCCCCAUUUACGUCACUGAAAAUGGAGUGGGGCUGACAAAUCCAAAGGUGGAAGAUACUGAAAGAAUAUUUUACCAUAAAACCUACAUCAACGAAGCUUUGAAAGCCUACAGGCUUGAUGGUGUAGACCUUCGAGGGUAUGCUGCAUGGUCUCUGAUGGACAACUUUGAGUGGUUGAAUGGCUACACAGUCAAGUUUGGUCUGUACCACGUUGAUUUCAAUAAUGUGAACAGGCCUCGCACAGCGAGAGCCUCUGCCAGGUACUACACAGAGGUCAUCACUAACAACGGCAUGCCACUGCCCAGGGAAGACGAGUUUCUCUACGGUCAGUUUCCCGAGGGCUUCAUCUGGAGUGCAGCUUCUGCUGCAUAUCAGAUUGAAGGUGCAUGGAGAGCAGAUGGCAAAGGACUCAGUAUUUGGGACACGUUUGCUCACACCCCACUGAAGGUUGCAAAUAAUGACAACGGAGACGUGGCCUGUGACAGUUAUCACAAGAUUGCGGAGGAUGUGGUCGCCCUGCAGAACCUGGGCGUGUCCCACUAUCGUUUUUCCAUCUCUUGGACUCGCGUCCUUCCUGAUGGCACCACCAAGUUCAUCAACGACGCGGGCCUGAACUACUACGUGCGGCUCAUAGACGCGCUGCUGGCUGCCAACAUCAAGCCCCAGGUGACCAUUUACCACUGGGACCUGCCCCAGGCACUCCAGGAUGUCGGAGGCUGGGAGAAUGAGACCAUUGUGCAGCGGUUUAAAGAGUAUGCAGAAGUGCUCUUCCAGAGGCUGGGGGACAAGGUGAAGUUUUGGAUCACGCUGAACGAGCCCUUUGUCAUUGCCAACCAGGGCUAUGGCUAUGGGACGGCAGCUCCAGGAAUCUCCUUUAGGCCUGGCACUGCCCCCUACAUCGCUGGCCACAACCUAAUAAAGGCCCAUGCCGAGGCCUGGCAUCUGUACAAUGACAAGUACCGCACCAGACAAGGUGGCGUGAUUUCCAUCACCAUCAGCAGCGACUGGGCUGAGCCCAGAAACCCCUCCAACCAGGAGGAUGUGGAGGCAGCCAGGAGAUACGUUCAGUUUAUGGGAGGCUGGUUUGCACAUCCUAUUUUCAAGAAUGGAGAUUACAACGAGGUGAUGAAGACACGGAUCCGUGAUAGGAGCUUGGCCGCAGGUCUCAACAAGUCUCGGCUCCCGGAGUUCACGGAGAGUGAGAAGAGGAGGAUCAAAGGCACCUAUGACUUUUUUGGGUUCAAUCACUACACCACUGUCCUGGCCUACAACCUCGACUAUGACUCUAAGAUCUCUUCCUUUGACGCAGACAGGGGAGUUGCCUCCAUCACAGAUCGCACUUGGCCAGACUCUGGCUCCUUCUGGCUGAAGAUGACACCUUUUGGCUUCAGGAGGAUCCUGAACUGGUUAAAGAAAGAGUACAACAACCCUCCAAUUUACGUAACAGAGAAUGGAGUAUCCCAACGGGGAGAAACGAGCCUCAAAGACACUGCAAGGAUCUACUACCUCCGCAGUUACAUCAACGAGGCACUCAAAGCUGUGCAGGAUAAGGUGGACCUUCGAGGAUACACUGUCUGGAGUGUGAUGGACAACUUCGAGUGGGCUACAGGCUUUGCAGAGAGGUUUGGGCUGCAUUUUGUGAACUACACUGACCCGUCUCUGCCAAGGAUUCCCAAAGCGUCAGCCAAGGUCUACGCCUCGAUCGCCCAGUGCAACGGCUUCCCUGACCCGGCGGCAGGGCCACACCCUUGUCUCCAGCCAGACGCUGAACCAACUGUCGGCCCCAUGAGAGAGGAGAAAGUUCAGUUCCUGGGCCUAACACUCGCUGCGACAGACGCACAGACAGCUUUGUACAUACUCUUCUUCCUUGUGCUUCUCGGAGUCUGUGGUGUGGCAUUACUGUCAUACGUGCACUGUAAGCUCUCCAAGCAAAGGAAGACACAGCCAGGUCAACAGGAACUGAGCCCCAUUUCUUCAUUCUGACCCCCAUAUUUCCACUGCCUUCAGUUCUGCAAAAUAAACCAUUUCUUUAUAGGUAUAUACCUUUGCUGCCCACAAACUCCUUAGGAUAUUAUAUUCUGCCCCUACCAGGCUUCUUGCACCAUUAGAGACCACUUUCAUCUUGAAGGUUUUCAAGUCCCUGAUUAAAAUGGAGAUAUCUGCAUCUUGCCCGGUGUCAGGAAUUCAUUUGGGCAUUUGUAGCAGACCCUGCAAGCAGCUCUUGUGGAAAAGUGCACUUACUAUAAACUCAGCUAGUGGUUCCGUAAGACACUUCAUUUAACUGGGCU